CACCACGAUCAUUGGCAACUCCCAAACUGCCCUUGUGAUGAUGAAGGGUUAGGGCUGCUAUCGUGCGCCCUGCCCCAACCGUUGAGGGGCCGGCGCUCUUGCCCAGUAAAUUUACGUGUUUCCUUCUCACUGUCUCCGAAUGAACCGGUUGAGUUGUCCCACUCCUGCAAGAGCUGAUGGAAGGAGAAACUUGAAAACGGGGUAACCAUGGUCAACUCACGUGUCAGUACACCACUUCUGCGGGCGCUCACUCGAUGCACAACCCCUCAACAACGAUUCCCGUCGUCGCCGAUUUUCGCAACCACACCCCGGCACUCAAGCCUUUUCUCCUCAUCAUCCUCCGCCGCCCACAACAACACCACCAACUCCAACAACACACCUCCCAACUCUAAGCCCAACCCCAACUCCAACCAGAGCAACAACGGCUGGCGCGUAAUGGCCGAGAAGGACAUUACCAACUACCUGCGCGAGACGCACGACCGCGUGUUUGAGCACAACCGAUGCUGGGCGGAGGAGAAGCGGGCUAGCGACCCGGACUUCUUCGUCAAGCUGUCGGCGGGCCAGAGCCCGGACUACCUAUGGAUCGGGUGCAGCGACUCGCGGAUCCCGGCGGAGCAGAUCACGGGCAUGGAGCCCGGGCACGCCUUCGUGCACCGCAACAUCGCCAACCUGGUGUGCAACACGGACCUCAACGUCAUGAGCGUCAUCACGUACGCGGUCGAGCACCUCAAGGUCAAGCACAUCGUCGUGUGCGGCCACUACGGCUGCGGCGGCGUUCAGGCGGCUAUGACCGCCAAGAACCUCGGCCUGCUGAACCCGUGGCUGCGUAACAUCCGCGACGUCUACCGCCUGCACGAGAAGGAGCUCGACGCCAUCGAGGACAAGGAGGCCCGCUACAACCGCCUGGUCGAGCUCAACGUCGAGGAGCAGGCCCGCAACGUCAUCAAGACGGCCUCGGUGCAGCAGUCCUACGCUGAGAACCGCUUCCCCGUCGUGCACGGCUGGGUGUUUGGCUUCAAGGACGGCUUGCUGAAGGACCUCAAGAUUGAUUUUGAGGGGACUCUAAAGAACAUUCAGAAAAUUUAUAACCUGACGGAGUAAUGGUAGGGAGGUUUGAGGAGCGGAAGCAUGUCACUUAACCUUGGACCACGUUUCGGGUUGAACUAGCCUGCGCGGUGUUUGGUGUUGAUUGUUGUUUCGGUCCCUUGACGACUAGGUAGUUCCAAUAUUCAAGGCGGCGGGUUGAGCUUUAUGUUCCCCAAUGAUUCUUGAUACAAUACGAGAUAGGCCUUAACGGGCCUUACUGAUCCCGUCCGAGGAACAGCUAAUAGCUGGAGUGGGGACAGCUGAGCUUGGCCAGCAAACAACGCUGACGUGAGAACGGUCUUUUCAGCCAAAGCUCGCCUUGCCCGUCUCAAAGUUGCAAUUCAAUGCCAGGAUCGCUUUUGGCGGAGAAGGGUGAACAGUGGGUUGGGCAUCGUGGC